AGAAUUUAAAUUAUAACACUGACAAUUGGAGCAGGGACGAUGUCCAUUUGUCGGACAAAGGACUGUUGUUUUAUACUAAUAUUUUGAUACAGCAAAUGGAGGAAAUUAUAAGAAAAGUUUUGAAGAUCGGAUUUAUGCGGAGAUGUCGAGCCUUUUCCAAGUAUACUUUGAGAUAUCAGACCAUGUACUAAAGAAAAAUUAUGAUGCUGCAUUUCGCAUGGGAACUCAAUUUACUGUCAAGAAAGAAGUAAUGGACUACGAAGCUCAUGACAAUGAAGUUGGGACGCAUGCCAGCGAAUGUAGCGGACCACAAUGUGUCUACCGGGGAUGAACAAGAAUGUUUUGUUUCUUGGCGGAAUAUAUCUGGUGGAGGAAAAAGUCAUCAUCAAAAGACCAGAAGUGCAACAGAGAAGUCUACAGAACUUAUGAACUGUAAAGAGAAAACUGGAGACGCAUCAAUGAAAAAUAAAGCUAAGUGUUCUUUAUAUGUUCCCAGUUGUGAGGAAAACCAGACGUUGGAAAAAAAAACGGGCAAUUCAAAGUUCAUUUUAAAAAUUUCCAAAGCAAUAGCUCGAUAUCUGAUUCUACAUAGAUUAAAUGAUUUGAAUGUCAUUUCUGAUCAAACUAAUUUUUUAACUUCUGCCACAUUUUGGUGUAAACUUCAGCUAAACGAUAGACUAUCCUGCUUAUCAAAUUUCUUGGACAAAAAUCAAUCUUGUAUUCACGAUGAAUUACUGCGCUUUUCCGAAAGAAAGCACGAGUGCCCUGUACAGCGGGGGAUAGUAUUAGAAAAACUUGAGCAUUUGCAUAUGGCUCGUAGUAAAAAAAACAUUAUUAAGGAGAUAAGAAAAAUUCAAAAUCUCGUGACUAAAAAGCCCGCUACUGAUCUUUGCUUUGCUAAUCAAGAUGAACAGGCCCACAGUGAUAUAUCAUUAUUAGAUAAAACAGAGUCAUAUAAUGUGUCUGAAUAUAGAGGCCAAAAAUUUUGCGAAUGCUUGAAAGAAUGGACAGGCGAUGAUAUGAUGGUUGAGUGUGAAAAAUGUAACGAGUGGUUUCAUCCUGAAUGUGUCAUUCAAAAAAAUUAUUUGGAAUAUGUAGGCGAAAAAGACUGGCGUGAUAUAUUACUUGUUUGCGCAGAAACAAAGGUUGCAUUCCAUGAUAAAAACUCGCGUGGUUAUAUUACUGAGGGAAAAUGGAUAACUAAAACUGGAGAUAGAAUUUCAAAUAUUUCCCAAUCUUUUCAAAAUAAAAACACACAGACAGAAGUUUGUGAAAUGCAGAAUAAAAUCCCUUCAGUAGGUACUUCUGAAAAAAUCAUUGAUUUUGAAAUUUUGCCCAACAAUGUUUGUUUUGAAAAUGUUCAAACAAAUAGUUCAUCAAGUUCACUAAAUUGUGAUUUUUCAAGUACUUGUAUUGAGAAACCGAAAAUACAUUCUCAAUCCGAACUUAUACCUGGAAAACCAGCAAGUCCUUUUAGCACGUAUUCAGAUGUAAACUUGCACAGUGUUUUUCGUAUUCCUUCAGAAAUUUGGCAUCAAGCCGUGAAUGAACGAACGGAGCAUCGCUUCAGUUCUAAAGGGUGUUUUCAAAUGCGGGCUUUCAUCCUUGAUAAAUUUCAAAGCAUUUAUAAAAGCUGCGUCCCUUCAGCUCGUUACCAUUACCUAUAUAGCACCGAAAUCAGUAGCAAACCAAUAGAAGUUGCUCCAUUACAUUUGGGAUAUAUAAAAUUUCAGUGCGCUCAUCACGCGUGUUGCGAAUGCUUCGUUAAUUAUUUAGUUGAUUUUCAUGAAACAUUACGCGGGAUUGAAGCGUCUAUCAAAAUUUUUGGGCAGCGAAAACAUCUUGUUGGCUGCAAACGCAGCCUUUAUAUCCGCGGAGAUGCUAGAAAAAACUUUAGGGAUAAAAUGCGUUUCAUCCCACCUUCUGUCCAAUUCAAUGAGUCCUAUAAUAAACUAUCGCGGGAAGAAAGAGAUUACGGUUCCCACACAAAUGCCCCUUCAGCUGACGUUUUGCGAAAAAUUAAAAGCGAAAAAAAAGAUUUUAGAGCAACAAGGUAUUCAUCAAUUAAUUUGAAAAAAAUGAUGGAAAAUGAGGGUAAAAAUAAAUAUAUCAGGUUUAUUGGAACAGAGCCACCCAGUGUAACAAUUGUCAGUAGAACUCAAUUGAAGUAUUAUACAAUGCGAUCACAGGAAGACAUUGUUUAUUUUGAUGCAACUGGUAGCAUCAUCAAGCGUGAUAGCGAAGGCAGAGACUUUCAAAUUUAUACACUUCUAAUUAGGAAUCCGUACCGAGGCAACAUUUCCCUGCCAGUUGCUACCUAUGUAACAUCACGCCAUAGAGCUAUAGAUAUUAGUUCUUUCCUUGAUCAAGUACAAGCUCUCCAAGUCUCUGAAUUAGGUCAGUGUAAAAAACCCCGCCAAAUAAUGAUAGAUGGCUCUAUGGCGAUGUGGAAUGCUGUUUUAAAGUCAUAUUGUGGAGAGACGAGAGUAGAUUAUUAUAACAGAUGCUUUCGUAUUGUGUCUGGCAAUCCAAUUCUACAUGAUUUCAAACUGCCUAUUAUUCAGAAUUGCUAUAGCCACGCCAUGCGCGCUGCACAAAUAAUGUGUUUAAAGCACUUCCCUGUCAACGUCACAAUUGCAAUGGCCUGGAUGUCAAAAUUUUUCAAUUGUAAAACACUGGGUGAGCUGGAUAUGUUAGUUGAAAAUUUUUAUGUUGUAACCAAUCUCCGUAGAAACACCGAAUAUGUUAGAAAUGCGCUUUCAAAUUUGCUUGUUGGGGGAAAAUGCACUAUUGAACACAAUGGAAUUUUAGACAAUGUUGGCUACUGAAUCUUGUGAUGAAUUUUUUAUUGCAACA